UUAAACAAGUAAACCCCAAAAUAUGUCAGUUUUACUAAUUAUAGUCCACUUGAAUACAAAAGCCUAGAAAACUCUUCUCAAACAAAAUAAAGAACAUUUAAAUAUAUUAAAUAAAGCAAGUUAUUUCACUUUCCUCACUUUUUCUGAGCGUCCCUUUAAAGCCUCUCCUGGAGGGUGGUCUGCUUCAGGAAAUGAUUUAGCACUGUGGCCUGACAUGCCAUAAGAAAUAGUUCAGGGACCUCUGGCGAGUGCCUUGUGAUGCAACGCAUAGCAUGGGGAUCCGGCGUCGAGAGGGAAUGUGAUCUCUGGAGACGAUGUGACCUUGGCAACAUUUGGCGCUAUGAAACAUUUAGGAGGUCUCUGCUAGAUUUUGCGAGGAGUUCCAAGUCAGUGUUCUGGUUUCACAUUUGUUCCAAUGGUGCAGAUGUUACCAGUUGGAAGUAUUAUAACUGAAGGAGCCCAGAAGACAAAAGAGAACUUAGCAGAGUCUCAUGUGAAGACAACCGACGAGAUCAUGUCGGACGGGGAGAUUUUAAAAGCAGAGAUUGUCUAUAUCAAGGAUUCGGUGGAGGGAGGGGGAGCAGGAAUCCAAACGAAGAAAAAUGUUGAGCUGCAGCCUGUGUUGGACCAUGUGAGCCUCUCCCAAACCUCCAUGUCACUCGGUGGCCAGUCUGAAAAUACACCCAAACACAGCGGCACUGCCUCCAUGGAAACAACUGCUAGUAAACCCAGGGGCCUUUCCUGGCUGUGGGGUCAUGAUUCCUCUGGAUGUGUUGAGGUUAGCUCGGGUUUCUCUACCGAUAAGCUGUCUGGCUUGCAUCACAGAACGGCGAGCCCCACAUACUCGGCACACGUGUUCCCCACGCCAGCUUCAUCCAGAGAAUCCAUCCUGUCAGACAGCUGGGAUAAAGACAAGAACUGGCUUUCCUCUCUAGCCUCUCCUGGCUCUUUGAGCCGCACUGUUUCCCCCUGUUCCUCAGUCCGCUCUGGCAUCUUCUCCCCCGCUGUGGUUCAAAUCCGAAAGCACAACCUUGCCCCAGGCUCCAGUCUGGUUCACCUCCCUCAGUCCUGUUUCUCCUCCUGCGACAGCCUAGCUUCUUCUGUCUGUCCACAGUCCCCUCCUCCCCGGCACCGUCCUCCUCUCACCAGACUCUCCCUCCUGACAGCCAUCCUGAGGAAAGGCCGUCUGCCGGUGCUGUCUGCUUCCCUGCAGAGGCCUUACACCCCCUGCUGGCCUGUUAACCCCGUGACCCUUACUUUCUGCAACGCAUGCUCAGCAGCUUCCAGCGUUGCCUCUAUUCCCUUGGAGUUUUCGUCUCUCUUCUCCUCAUCGGCGUCCAUAGAUAGUCAAACUUGUGCUCACAGUGAGCCCAAUAGGCCUCCUACUGCCCCCCCACCUGAGCUGCCUAAUGAGCACAGUAGGCCUCACACGCCAAAUAAAAGAUGCACGGACCCGAUUCGGCGAAGUGGUGUGCCAAGAUGGGAGAGGGUUAUUUCACCUUCGCCUCCGAAAAGCACACCACUGCCCAUAGAACCUCCACAACGCACAUGCUCAAAACUCAGGACUGCAACACUGCAGCAGUCUUACGUGCUAAAGUCUCCUGAGCUAAAGGCCAGCUUUCCUCACAUGUAUCUCAGGAGCAAAAAAGACACAAACCUUGAAAAAUCAAUCACUCCUCCUACAGCUUUACAUCAACCAGCAAAACUUCAGAGCAGACAGCCAAAUUCCUCUCUGUCAAAGCUUCGCUGGCUUUCUGAACAACUGCGAUCCCCUCCGCCAUAUCCCUCCCUGUCCUCUCCAUCACAUUCCCGCUCAGCCAGCUCCGCCGUAUCACCUCUCCCUCCUUUCUCGACAGGGAGGUGCAACUCACCACAAGGUUUCUCCAAAGCGUACAAUCUGACGCCUUCCCGCUAUACACCCAUCGCUUUUUCCGGCUGGCCCUCGCCCAUCAGCUCUCCCACGCCUACGCCCUCUCCUACCGCACUGUUUCGAGAGCUCACGCCAUCCCCUUCCUUCUUCCUUUGCUCCACGCCGUCCCCAAGACCGGGGAGUGGAAUAUCAGACUGCAGUGACAGGGAGGGUAAAAAAAGAAAGCCUCACAAGAUUAAGUCGAGCUACAAAUCCCUCGCUGCAAUUCCCACAAACACCCUUCUUUUGGAUCAGCAGGUCAUAGAUGAACAAGUGGAAAGAGAGGACAACUUGCAAAGAGUCACCACGAGUGACAGGGGUGAUGAAGACACCCAUGCUGAGAUGUGCUCGCCUGCUCAGCUCCGGCAGCAGUCUGAGGAGCUGUAUGCAGCCAUUGACGAGAUAUUGUCAAAUCCCACUCCACCAAGCAAAACAUCUUCCAAGAUAUUGACUACCAACGUUUUGCAGAACAUGUCAUCCAAAUCCUUGGGACGUGAAACCAAAUAUGCAUCUUUAAAUAGCUUGCAGCCAUCUGACAAAAGAAAGCUGAUGGACUCUCAAAAGACAAAGCCUGGGGUUAUUCGCCCCGUGACGGCCAUUCUAAGACUGUCAGCGAGAGAUGGAGAAGAAUACCAACACAAUCCCUUCCGAGAAACAGCGGGCAACCAAAGUUUAACAGGCUUCAACAAGUCAUGCAAGGUGGAACGUGUGAAAGAUACAGGGGAAAAUGGACGCGCAAGUAAAAGAAGUCAAAUGCUGCGAGAGGAGAGGACAUCUGAGAGAAGAAGUCCAUUCUCUGCGUGUGAUUUGCACAUCAUUGAGCCAGAUCAGUGUCUUUGAGGAUGAUGUUUUCAUCUCCCUCUGCUAGGGAGCUUGUCAACACUAACAUCAAUCAACUGUUUAUGCCCCACAAGACCUGCAGAUAUUAAUUUGCCGACAUGAAUUAGAAAAUAAGACAAGAAACUACUAAAACAUGUAGCUGAGCUGCAGAGCGGUGUUUUGUCCUCAGUAAUGCUGCAAACUUUCAUAAAUUACGUUUAAAAUUGCUCAGAAUUGCUUGGCUUUCUGCCCUCUGCUUGACGUGGGUUGUCAGCGCCUACAGCAAGGUGAGUAACAAGCUGUUAAUUAAUGAAUCUGGAAAAUUUGCAAUUUUUUAGCAUAAGUUUGAAAUCUCUCUCAUUGGCAGGAGUGCAGGGUUACCUUUUUGGCUCAUUGUAGUAUUGUAGCAGUAAUAAUAGGUUUUGAUUCAUUUCUAAAUGUGUUGGAAAACUUUAAAGUGCUCAUGAUACCAAAACACAUCUUGUUAUUUUCGCAGUUAAAAUUAACAUUAACAUUCUGGUUCAGAAAAUAAUGUCUUGUUGGCACUAGGCCUGCGACAAUAAUAAAUUAAUUAAUUAAUCACACAAUAAUGAAAAUAAGCAAUUUUACCGGCCUCGAUAUAUUGCCAUGUGAAUGUGUGUCUGUUUUCCUCGUCUCUUGCCUCCAAACAGACAGGAAGAGGGUUUGGCGCGUUUGUUUCAUAGAAGAACGGCGUGAACGGAGUGAGCUCAUUUGUCAGUCAUACAGUCUUUUUGUCUCGGUGGGUGUAGGCGGGGCCGCUAGCAUACACAAUGAAUGCAGAAGAGUGUAAAGUAGUAUAAAUUCAAUUAGUAGACUGCAGUACAUUGUCAUAUUUUUUGAAAAUCUAUUUUUUCAUUGUACUUAAAAGUAGUUUUUUUUAAAUCUCGUCUCAAUCUCGUAGACCCAAUCCCAUGUAUCGUCUCGUCUCGAGUGUCUCGUGUCACCCCUAGUUAUUGUUGUGAACAUGUCACUUUCUUCCUGUGCGUUUAUAGCUGUGUUUGCACCUGGUUGCCGGUGCCACCUGGAAGUGUUCUCAAUGUGAAUUGCUAGCAAAACAUGGAUCCCUCUCACUCGUCUUGCAGUUGAUCUGUCAGUUACAUUAAAUGCUUAUUCAUAAGUGCAUAAAUGCAUAUAUACAAUAUAAGUAUUCAUUUUUUACUAAAUCUAUUCUAUGAAUCUUAGAAUAAUAGUAUGGGGUUUUAAGCCAGGGCUAAAUAAGCAUCCACUGCUGCUCACUGGUCUUUUAUUUUGCAGUGUGCCUAGAACUGUCAAUGUCACGCACAGUCAAAAGAAACAUACUUGUGGCCAUUUUUUUGUGUGUUAUACACAUCGCAACAUGGUAUCAGUGAAUGUUAUUGUGUUAUUCUUGUGGAUAUGCCACUUUCUUGGCUUUGCUGUUAGUUCAUGGCUGCAUGUGUUUGAAUGUGGUUCCUGGAACAUGUUCUGGUUGUGACGUCACAGCCAAAAUAGCUUCGGUUCAGAAAACUCACUAAGAGGGUGUGUCAGAAUGGUGUCAAAAUCAAUCCUUCAUUUCAGUGUUUAUUUAUCUGAGAGGAGCAUCACAAAAAUGUUUUAGUGAGUACUUUCAUUUCGUUAUUGUUUAGUUCAAACCUUUUUUGAUGUCAUGAGCACUUUUAUGUGGCCAAAAAGCUUGUCGUCUUCUUCUGUUGCUGACUGAUGACAGAUGACUGAAUGACUGACUGUCCUAUAUUCAAGAAAAGAAAGUUUUCUUUGGUAACAAGAUAUGGUAAUUUGGAAAAGAUUUGCACGGCUGCUGAAGUAAAAGCAAAAGAUGUUCAGUCUACAGUCUGUGUUUGGCUUUUUUGUGGCUGCUCAUCACACUGAUUGGGUUUCCCCUAGGAUUUUUUGAAGCUGUGGUGGUGGGCGUUUUUUUUUUUUUUUUUAGAACAAAUAGCAAUUUUUACGACUUAUUCAUUUAAUAACUUAUUUAACUUUUUUGAACAACGAGCAGAACAUGAACCAAGAACAUUACAAAACUGUUAAUUUAAUGGCAAAGUUGCUGAGAGCAGUGCCAACAUUUAAAUGGCACUUUAUUUACAAAGCACAUCUCCACUCAGUGUGUUCAUUUGUCAUUAAAUACAGGUGUCAUGUUUGAAUAGAACACUUCUAAAAACACUAAGAGGAGAAGCAAAUAUUCUUUGGUGAACUACUCAACAUCAGCCGGUGAGUGACUGCUAGCAUAGGAGCAACCUGUUGGAGACCCCUGUGGUGGAUUUGAGGAUAAGCGGCAUAGAAGAUGGAUGGAUGGAAAUGGAUUUGGCUGUCAAAACAAGGAAACAUGGCUGCUUCGCGUAGGACUACUACCAUUGAAGGAAACAGCUCACCGAAAGAGAGAGAGGCGACGUUUUAACGAAAUUAGGACGCUGCUCUGACACGGAUUCACCAAGCGUUGGAUUAUUUACCCGCUAGUAGAAGACGUGAGCUGGGAUUAGACCCUCGUGAGACAGGUUAGUUUCACCCUAUUGAUGUGUUGUGUUUAACAAAUCUUUCUGUGUAACGUCUUUCUGUGCACUAAAUAUCCCAUUUGACAUGUUUAUAUAUUUCUAAAGUGUAACGAUUGAGUGUAGUUGCUGUGUGAUAAGUUUAAUGUUGUUUGUAAGAUAAAGAGCUGGCUGGUAAACACGGACUCGUGCGCGCCACAAUGUCACUUUAUGAUGUGGAUUUGUGGUUUGAAAUCUGUUUUUUCUUUUAAAUUUAGUGGGUGUGGCUUAUACACACGAAUACAAUCAAUAAUGUUAUUGUCAUGCACUACAGAGCAUGAAAUCCAAAUCCCUUCCUCUUACAAGUAAGUGAACAUUUGAAUAUUUUCAAACUGCUGAUCUCUUUACAAAGACAAGGUCCAUUCAAGUCAAAAAAUGAAUUUAAAAACAUGCAAAAGUGUAUUUUUUGGGGUUGUUAAAUGUCACCCAACAGCUUUCAGCAUUUUAUUAAGACACAACUGUCAAAUAGCGCAUCUUCAAGAAUCAGAAAAACACCACAUUUGAUUCUGACAGAGGAAGAAUAUACUGUAACAAUAAUGCUGCAUGUUUGCUCAAAGAAAAUAAAGUAUUAUUUGAAAUAGUGCUGCGCCUGUCAUGGUCUGUGUCGGCGCUCUGCUACUGCCUGUCUGCC